CUUUCUCUCUCUCGUUUUCUUUUUCUUACUAUAAUAAUAUAAAUAAGAUGUCUCCUAUUGAUACUACACCUAUUAAUCCUAACGAACCUCUUAAAAAGAAACCCGUUUCCUACAAAAACCUUCUCUUGGGAGCAUCUCUUAAUCUGUUCGAGGUAUCUACACUGGGACAACCUUUCGAAGUGGUCAAGACACAAUUAGCCGCCAACCGAGGACAAUCUUUAAAGCAAGCCUUAUCGCAUAUCUAUGCACGUGGUGGUCUCUUUGGUUUCUACCAAGGUCUUAUUCCCUGGGCCUGGAUUGAAGCUUCGACUAAAGGUGCCGUUUUGCUUUUUACUGCGUCGGAAUUUGAACAUCUCGCUAGAGCCGCUGGUGCUUCUCCCUUCCUGGGUGGCAUUGCAGGUGGUAUGGGAGGUGGUAUUGCACAAGCCUAUACAACCAUGGGCUUCUGUACCUUUAUGAAGACGGUAGAGGUCACGCGUCAUAAAUCAGCGGUCAAGGAGUCUACGUUCAAGAUUGCGCAUGGUAUAUUUAAAAAGGAAGGUAUUGCGGGUAUCAAUAAAGGUGUAAAUGCAGUGGCGCUUCGACAAUGUACCAACUGGGCCUCGCGAUUUGGUAUAACACGAUUUGCGCAAGAGAGUAUUAUUUCAGCUCGUUAUGGUGAUAGUGCUGAUGCACAUUUAAAAGCCACGGCAUUGGAUAAAGCCUUAGCGUCUGUAUUGGGUGGUGCCUUAUCUUGUUGGAAUCAACCCAUUGAGGUGAUUCGUAUCGAAAUGCAAAGUCAGGUCAAAGCAACCGGAAGACCAGAGAACAUGUCGAUCGUGUCUGCAUCUAGGUACAUUUAUGCAAAUAAUGGACUCAAGGGUUUCUUUAGAGGUAUUACGCCACGUGUCGGUUUAGGUAUCUGGCAAACACUUUGUAUGGUGGCUCUCGGGGAUCAUUUCCGUGCUCUCUUUGGCACCAACUAAGAAAAUAUUCAUUAUAUACCAAAUUUUAUUAUUAUUAAUAUUACUUAUAAAAUAAAAAGCAAGAGACUCUU